GCACGCUGAGUUCCGAGCUGUCACCAGCCUUCAUAUCUCAUUGUAGGGUAGUUCCGAUGAAGGUGAGCGUGGUGUCCCGGCGUUCUCGGUUUACCUGACACACCUGUCCCCGUGUUGUUAACACACACACACAUUCACAUCCGCCCUCCGACUGGGAGAGGACGAAAAGCCGACAGCCACAAGGUCAGUGACAGGAGCCUGGAGAGCUAGCUCUGGCUAACGGGGUUAGUUUGAUCACGGUCCGUGUCUGUGGACUGAUCAGUGAGUUAUUAUCACCUGUCAGGUCACGUCAACGCCCGGAAUGAUGAUUACUUUACCUGGACCUUGAAACUGAAUCAGGGACCCUCAAAAACACGAGCUUAUAGACCAGCAGGUGCAGUUUUUCUUCUCUGACUGUUGUUACUGAGGUCUGCAUUUUACCUGUCUCAUUGUCUCUGAAGGAUGAAGAAGCUCUGGUUGCUUUCUUUACUCACGUGGAUGUGUGCGCUGUACUUCGUGGGCAUCUACAUGUUCGUGGGUGGGUUCCUGCUGGUGAGGCUGGAGGUGAGCAGGACCAGCACCUGCGGGGACGUGCUGCAGCCCGGAGAGGAGCCGGUGGACUUCUGCCGCGCCCAGCCCCGGUUCCGUAAGGUCGUGCUCCUCAUCAUAGAUGCCCUCAAGAUUGACUUCGCCCGGUUCGACCCGAACAACACGGAACCCCGGCCGUACGAGAACAAGCUGCCUGUGCUGGAGGAGACAGUCACAUCCAGGCCUUCUCACAGCCGCCUGUACCCGUUCCGUGCAGACCCACCUACGACCACCAUGCAGAGGAUCAAAGGGUUCACCACUGGUUCCUUGCCUACCUUUGUGGACGUGGGGAAUAACUUUGCAUCCAGUGCGAUCUUGGAAGACAACCUCAUCCAUCAAUUUGGGCAAGUGGGUGAGUAGCUGAAGAGCAACAUACCUAAAGACUCCCAUCUUCACUUUGACCAUGAGUCCAAACUUUCAGACUCAUUGGUAGAGACGCCACAUUGAGUUCAUCAGGACAGGUAAUGAUGGCAGAAUGUAGGUUUAACCGUAUUAAUCACUACGUGUGUCUCCUCUCAGGCAAACGAGUGGUGUUCAUGGGCGAUGAUACCUGGGAGAAUCUCUUUCCUAAGAAGUUUCACCGCUCUCUGCCCUUCCCUUCCUUCAAUGUGAAGGAUCUGCACACUGUGGACAACGGGAUACUUCAGCACCUUUACACAACAAGUAUGUCUCAAACUCAACUCAGCUUUAUUUAUACAGCACUUUACACACAACAGAGUUGACCCAAAGUGCUUCACAACAAUACAGAGGAAAAACAAAACAAAAGAAGAGAACAAACAGACGAUGAAGAAGAAGAGCAGACUGAGUGACAGUUAUAAUAGUAACGAUAGCAAUAAAAAUAUAAUUUCAACGCCAUCACUAUCAUCAUCAUUCAUAAUAGUAAUAAUAAAUAAUAAUAAUAACAAUAGCAGCAGCAAUAAUAAUAAUAACAAUGAUAAUGACAAUACAGAUCUACAGAGCUCACAGAGCCUACAUGGGAAAUGGUUGAGCUAUAAAAGUUAGGGACAUUUAAAAGCGUGGGAGUAAAAGUGGGUUUUAAGUUGAGUCUUAAAAGUCUCAAUGGUGGAGGAGAAUCUGAUGGAGGGAGGAAGAGAAUUCCACAUUUUCUGGGCGGCGAUAGAGAAAGCUCUGUCCCCAUAACACUAAGUAAAACAAGACCAUUCAACACUUUGUAGACAAACAUCUGGGUUUUAAACUCGAUCCUGUAGCUAACAGGCAGCCAGUGAAAGGAGGCAAGAAUGGGAGUAAUGUGAUCCCUCUUCUUAGUUCUACUCUUGGUUGUGGCUUAUUGGUGAUGAUGCAGUCAUUCAAAGGGUUCAUAUCUGUGUUAUUCAGAUUGGUUUGUCCCUUGCUGUUGGUGUUCACAGUUGUUGGAGAUGACUGGGAUGUCCUGGUUGCUCAUUUCCUCGGAGUGGAUCACUGUGGUCACAGGUUUGGUCCUGAUCACCCAGCCAUGGCAGACAAGCUCGCCCAGAUGGACGGAGUCAUCAGGUCAGACAACAUUACAGCUGUUCGUAUUUGUUUGACAUGAUCCCUCUGCUGCAGUUACAGCUCUGUGCUUUCAUAGUUCAUCUGUGGUACAGUAAGCAUUACCCCUCACUCUUGAUCUGAAACUGAAUAACCAUGACAAUGUGAACUUUACCUUUUACCUUUUUGCCCGUCUAGAUCUGUGAUUGACCGUCUGCAGAAUGACACCCUCUUGGUGGUGAUGGGAGAUCAUGGGAUGACAGACACUGGGGACCACGGAGGAGAAAGUCAGAAGGAGACUGAUGCUGCGAUCUUUCUCUAUAGUCCCUCUCCUCUUUUUCCUGGACCACCAUCUAAGGUUGGUGCUGUGGCUACACUUUUCAAAGACAGACAUGUUGACUUGACGUGAUAAAGACCCAGGGUGAAAUUUUGUUGGUAUUGAGGAAAAGCUUUUCACUAUGGAUAGGUGAGGGAUUCUGAGAUGAUGGAGAAAACUGAGGAAUGAAAGUAAAUGUCAAUGUUUUCUGCUUCAUUUAAACUUAGGAUGAGUUUAACGAAGUAAGUAUGAGACACAAGAUAAGAAAUAAAACACUCUUUUGUGUUUUAUCCAGGUCAAUAAAACACAAAAGAGUUGCUUGCUUCUCUGGUUAUACCAACUUCUUUAAGUUGCGUCACCACGCUGCGGUAAUGGACUCACCUGAGGUCUCUGUACAAGUGGCUGCUGAAAGAGAGACAUUGAGUUGUGUUUGGUCUCUUUGCUAAAGAAAUCAGGCAAAAUUAAAAAGAUGUUUGAUGGCUAGUACUAUGGCUGGGACCCUAUAUGUACUGUCGAUGAAGUAAGUUGCUGUUCUGAGCAUUAUUUGUGGCUAGGGGAUAAAAGAGUUGCUUGUUUCUCUAGUUAUACCAACUGAAGUUCUUCUUUAAGUUGCGUCACCACGCUGCGGUAAUGGACUCACCUGAGGUCUCUGUACUAAAGUUGGUUUAACUAAAGAAGCAAGCGGUCGGCAACAUUCAUCUCGUAACUUAAUUUUACGCUAGAAUAUCCCUUUUAAGAUGAACAAUAAACCUCAACAAACCUACCUUUACUAAUAUUACUCUUAAUUCACUUGUUAGUUUUGCCAAAGCUUCCAUUAAUUGAAUGAAUGGAAAAAAAAACCCACAGCUUUUUUUAAACUCUUUUCAUAUCUCAAGAAGCUUAAAUCAAUUUUAACAUCAAUGUAUUUUCCUCAUUUUAUCAGCAAAUUCAUGUUUACAUCACUUUUCAUUUUGCUUAAUCAGUUGGGCAUGUGCUGGAUGAACAUUCAUGCGGUGCAGCUCCAUGAAUCUUCUUUUAAUAGGAUGCUGGCAGGUGGUCUCAGUCUUUUGGGGGGUAAAAGUGUAACUCAGACUAGUCAAGUGAACUUGAGCGCUGAUUUUCUUAAUUGCUGUGUAAUUGGGGCAGUUGAUUAGACACAGAAGGAGAUAAUGAGUCAGAUGAAGCACAGGGAACAUUCUGCCACAACAAAGGAGGGAAGACUAUUAGCCGCAAAGACAGUAGCCUUUUAUCAUCAAGGUGUAAAUGCAGCAGAGGUGUAAAAGUCCCGUCAGAGUAAUAGAGGCAUUACAGGGCCGAGAUGAGAUCUCUGUUUGCUGGUAGAGCAGACAGGGCUGAACAGGGCUGUUGUGGGAUCAACAGAAAAGCACGAAGACAAAAUGACAGAGGAGCGAUGAUUAAAGGGUGCCCUCGCCAUUUUUGCUGUUGUUUUUUUUUUUCACAGGACAGACGCACCAAGAUCUUUAGGAGGUGACAAUGCUCCAACAGCUAGCUGCUGUUUAAUGUACCUUCUUUUUCGAAGCUGGUCAUGCGUCAGUUGACUUGUUUACAUAUCCUGAUGUGAGAUAUGAUUUAUGCAUGACCAAAGAAGGCUGUAGCCCCACAAGUUCAGACUGUUUUGAGAUGUCUGUAGACUUUUCCUUUGUAAUGGAGAUUGAACUUGUGAAUUCUCGAAAAGAACAUUAUGUGAUCUCACUUUUAUACCUGUAGCAUUUCCUCUUUACACACUGUAAGGACGCCUAGCUUGAUUUCACACUUUAAAGAAUGGAAGGUCCACACAAAUGAUCAUUUUGACAAGCUUUACUGGUCUGAGACUGUUCAGGUAUAUUUCACCGUCCACGUUUCCAAACAUUCUGGUUACAUCUUGUUGACCUGAAGGAGAGUCCGUGUAGGGUAAUAACAAAGGACAACAUAUUUUGGGAGCCUGAGUGAUGUUACACAUGUGUACAAGGUCUUCUUGAAGACUCCAAAAUCAGGCAACUGGACUGUGUAGAGUUGAGAAGACGUUUCGCCUCUUAUCCAAGAAGCUUCUUCAGUUCUAAAUAUUGCUAGUGUGAGGAACACCCAGAGAUUCUACGACCCAUUCUGUCCAACUCCUCCCAGUCGUUGUCUGUCCCCUUCUCCAGUAAGAUAAAUAUCUGCUCCUCACAUUAGCAAAAUUUAGAACUGAAGAAGCUUCUUGGAUAAGAAGCGAAACGUCUUCUCAACUCUACACAGUCCAGUUGCCUGAUUUUGGAGUCUUCAAGAAAACCAUGACCUGGAUGAAUGAGAAUCUGCAUGGACAUGUGUACAAGGUCCUUGUUGAGGAUGGUUGUCGGAGGCCCAUGGCUCCAGAGAUGUAGCACCCAAGUAUCUGAGGUAUUUGAGUGACACAGCUCCACCACCUUCAAGGAUGACAUGAGUGGCUGAAGAAAAUCAUCCUAACUCACACAUUAGAGAGACUCUCCAUAAUGUCAAAGAUGCUCUUCAAAUCUGUAAUAAAUGUUGUAGUGAAAGACACCAUGUCUUUAUUGUCUCCUGUUUGCAGAGUGAACCACAUGUGGUUCCCCAGACAGACCUGGUGCCGACCCUGGCUCUGCUGCUAGGAGUCCCCAUCCCAUACAGCAGUGUGGGCCAGGUUCUCCUGCCUUUGUUUCCUCCACAUAGGCAAACAGGGGGUGCAGUUGGAGGUUUCAGCCAGCUGGAGGCACUGUGGAUCAAUGCUAAACAGGUACUCAGCUCAGAGAGCUCAGAAAAGGGCUCAGACUUCAUCAGUCCUGAAGCGUCUUCAGUUCUUUCUUCUCUGUGUUGUGCUGAAUAUCACGUGACUCUUCUGUUUCUUCAGGUCAACCGUUUCCUGGAGACUUACUCCAGCAUGGCCAAAGACAUCCCACCAGAGAGCCUCUCUCAGCUGAAGGGUGAAUUCUCCCGCUUGUCCGCUGAGUACCUCGCCAUGGUCAGAGAAGGUCACACAUCCUCUCCAAAGCUGGCUGCCUCCCUGCAGGCUUACCUCAGCUCUGUCAGAGACACCUGCAGAGCUACCUGGGCUCAAUUCAACCCCCUCAAGAUGGCAGCAGGUUUAGCCCUCGUGGCAUUUGCCUGCUUGACGUGUUUCAUCCUAUCUGAGCUGUCCCUGGUGUUGAUGAGCGAGAACGGACCUGGACUAAAGGCCCCACUGGUAGUGGCAUUCGCAGUGGGGGUCUGUGCGGCUGCUGGUCAGCUGCUCAUACAGGGAUACAUUGAGGUAGCUUGGUGCCUGGCAGCAGCUGCCCUCAGCUCUGAACUGCUCUUUCUCUGGAGGGCCCAUCAGUCCAGGACUACAGUUUCAGCUAAGAAUGGAUCCAAAGCUCCAAAGUUUGUGACCCUGCUGAGCCCGCACCACCUCCUUGUCCCCUCUCUUCUAGUACCACUCCUCCGCUGCGCCUCCCUGUUAUCAGACAGCUAUGUGAUCGCCGAGGGCCGUGUCGUGACCUUUCUGGUGUUCUCUCUGGCUCUCUGUAUCCCCAUCCAUCUGAACUGGGAUGGCCUGCUCUUACCCCCCAGCCAUGACCCUCUAAAGCCUGCAGGGCUUCUUCCUGCUGCGGCCUUGUCCCCGUCUACUGUGAGGAAAGAAAGCAGCACCCUGUUAGCCUGUUUAGGACUUCUCAUCGGCAGCCUCUACCUCUCCCUGUGCUUCCAUGGUUGCCGAGAAGAGCAGGGCUCCUGCCACCCUUCCCCGUUCCUUUCCCCUCUGUCCCGGUUACAGGACGCCCAGCUGAAGAAUCUCCACUACAUCCUCUCCGUGUGCUCCCUCGGCUUAUGGACUUAUUUACUGAAACGCUGCCUCCGCCACUACGGUAACCUCAAUUCCUCAGGGGGAACUGUGUUCACUGCUUGCUUUAUCCUACCACUCCUGUCUGUGUGCCUCGGCCUCCACUGGGCUGUCAGCGCCACUCCUGAGGACAGCUUCAGGAAUCUUGCAGAACUGAUUAGCCUGGCCCAGCUAGCCCUCCCAAGGACUGCCUUUUUCCUCCUUGGACUGGGGCUGUUCCUAAUCUGGCUAGACCCUCUCACUGUGUUUAUAAAGACAAGGACUGCGACUACAGCCAGAAGUUCAUCUCUACCCCCGCCCCGCUACCGAGCCAGCACCGGCAUCAGCCCCCAAGCUGAACUGCACCACCUCAUCCCACAGAUCUAUCAGCGCAUGCGCCGUUCUUUAGACGAUGGAGAGCUGAGCGGGGGCACUGAGUUGGGCAGCAAGCCCGCUGUGGAGGCUUAUGGCCUGGGAACUGUUUACUCUGCCCCUUUGCUGCUGUUUUGUGGCCUGCUGGGAAUUGGUCUGCUGCUCCUGCACCCAGAGGGCAUGGCUCUAUCUUUCCUCCUGCUGCUAUUUGAAAUGGGAGCUCUGUUGCACAUCCACGCCUCGUCCACUACCCUCAGCAGCCUGCGUGGAACGAAUUCUAGUGAGAUUCACUUUCCUGUGUUGUUUCACUCUUUCGACACGUUCUGCGUCCUCACACCCUGCUCAUCACUCUCUCACUGCUCUCCUUAGGUGGAUUCAUUGUGCCCUGGACUCCUGUCGUGUUGUGGUCCCUGGCUGCCACCCAGUUCUUUCAUGCCACAGGUCACCUUCCCACCUUCCCCUCCAUUCAGUGGGGUGCUGCUUUUGUUGGAUUCCCUGAUGGGCACACAGGCACCAUGCUGCCCGCCUCACUGGUUACCCUCAACACUUUCGCCUCGCACAUCUUGUUCGCAGGUAAUUCUGUCUCCUUCUGUGCGCACCAAAAACCAGACUGUCCUUUUCUGAAGAGACACCACAGGGAGUCAGUGCCUCCAAACUUUUAAAGGGAUAUUCCGGCGUAAAUAUAAGUUAUGGUCAAACGCUACAUAACACCGAGUUCGACACCCCCUCCAGAGAUGAAUGUUGCCGACCGCUUGCUUCUCUAGUACCAACUUUAGUAACGACCACACAAUAGCAAUACACAUUACACAUUAUUUCCUAUCUAAAACAUACAGUUGGUCUCAUAGUGAACUUGUUCAUAAACUCAAACACUAUCGAGCGUGUUAUCAUUGCAGAAAGCUCAUCAAAAAUCUGUGACUUGCUGAUUUGGGCCAAUGUGUCAUUGUCCGCAGUGGGCUGCCCGUUGCUGCUGUUCUGGCCUCUGGUGUGUGAGGUCCGCGGUAUCAGAGGGGGCAAAGCUUGUGGGGAAGAAGGAGACGCUGUGAUGGAGAUGAGAUUGAGAGAAAACCCCCAUCAGUUCAGCUCUGCUCUUCUUCAACUCUCAACGCGCUACCUCUUUAUACUCGGAGUCCAGGUCAGUUACAGAGUUUGCUAUGGAAGUCAAUCUGUGCCAACUGAUUUUGAAUGUGAAUUAAUAAAGCUGAAUAUUUUUCGCAUCAAAAUUAGACUUUGAAUUUUAAAACCAUCGAAUUUCAAGCUCACAUUUUAUUUCUGACACUCAUUUUUUUUCACAGUGAUGAAAUAAAUUCAGUGUAAAAAAAUCAGUCUGCUAAAAUAUUUGUCUCAUAAAAGCUGUGUAAAAAAAAUUAACGUAAAAAAAAAGAGACAGGGAGAAGCAAUCGAUUCCGGGCUCAAUCAUCUAUCAUCCUGUCAAUCAAAUAAUGCCAGAUUGGUCAUGUUGCAGCGACCCCAGUGGAAGAUUGAAUGCAGAGCACUGGAUUGAGCCAAUUACUCUGAAACUUCUGACAUAGAAUUUUUUAAUGUUGAAUUUUUUUUACACAUUUUGUUUUGAGUCAAAUUCUUACUAAACUAAUAUUAUGAGAGAGCGAUUUUUUUCUUUCACACCGAAUUUUUUUCAUCAUUGUGAAAAAAAAAAAAGUGUCAGUAAUAAAAAUGCGUGUUUGAAAUUCGAUGGUUUUGAAAUUCUAAUUCUGAUUUUGAUGCAAAAAAAAAUUCAGCUUUAGAAAUUCAAUUUCAAAAUCAGAUGGUACAGAUUUACUUCCAUGGUUUUCUGAUAAAUCCAAUAUUAAAGUUGUAAAGUUGUCAUUUAUAAUUAAUUAGCUGUUUAUUUGAUCGCUAGUUUCAAACAAUUUUCAUAAAUCCAGGGAUGGAUGGGUUGGCGUUAGGUUUCUGAAAUGUGAAAGGGUAUUUACUUUUGUUCUUCGUCACCUUCCUUGUGUCACACUCUCCCAUCGUCAGAAACUAUCUGUGCAUCUCUUCACAGGUCUUUGCUUCAGUCUGUGCAGCUGCUAUCCUCAGGAGACACCUAAUGGUGUGGAAGGUUUUUGCACCCAAGUAAGUGUCCGGAUGGAUUUUCCCGCUCACACAAACUCACUAACAGUAAAGGCUUUUGGGGGAAUGGACACAUCUUUACUGCCAACCACUUACUCUAUCGGAGCUUUUCAGUUAAUGCACAUUAUCAUAGGUCUGCUUUUCUGUUGCAGUCUGAACACCUCACCAAAAUUUGUACCAAAUGACUCAUCUCCGAGCAAAACCCUCAUUCUCAUUCUUUCCGUUUCUCCUCCAAGGUUAAUGUUCGAGGCCUCAGGGUUCCUGGUGAGCAGCGUGUCUCUGCUUAUCGGGGUCACAUUAGUGAUGAGAGUCGAUGUAGCCGUCAGCCGAUGGUUUAAGAGACUCAUCCCUGAUGCAUCCAGGUAGCAACAGCACUCCUGCUGCUGCUGCUGUACCACAAAAGUCCACCAGAGCGCACUGUGCCACACAGAAGACGGACAUGAUAGUAACUGAAAAAAUAAACAAUGCCGUCUUUGUCAAGCCAUGGGUACCAAACAACAAUGUCAUAUGAGGCUGAAACUCUGGUGAGGGCUGUGCUGAGAGCUUCUACGGCCCACCUGGCUGCCAAACAAAGCUUGGACUAGACGAACUCGGACUUGCAUUGAAGAUGUGAUUUUCACAGUGUCACGACAAUGAGCACCUCACUCAGCUGAGGUUGAAGGCUUUUAGGAUUUCUAAGGAGUUGAAUGUGCUGACAAACAGGUUUGAAUGUUCCUCCUUGACACAUGUCCUCAAACUUACAAAAAAAAAGAUGACUCCUUUCAAACUCCCUAAACCAGCCAGUCAAAAUGCUGCGCCCUAAAGCAUACACUGAACAGUUUACACGAGCUACAUGCCUGUCACUGCUGGCCAGCAACUUCAGCACUCAAACAAAUUUGACUAAAACGAGCUGAUUUAGUAGUUUGAUAUGAAAAAAUAAUAAAUGACGCUGAUGUACUCUCCUUACUGUUGGCUGAUCCUUUUCCACAGCUGUGUAGAAAUAAUGAGCAGUAAAGGUUCGAUGUCUCCCUUCAGCUCCACAGCUGUGGGUCUAUUACUGCAGAGCCAAUUUGUCAUCCCCGUGUCAGGAUGAAUUUGCAUGGACCUGUACUUUUUUCUGAAAUCCAUCAAGGUGCAACACAGCAUCUCUUUCAUCUUAGUGUUUGCUGGAAGAACUUUUUACACACGUUUUGUAUGGUUUGUACAUUUAACAUGACGAAAUAACCAGUGUGUCUGGUUACUGCCAAUUCAUAGAACAUAUCUAGUUUUUGUUUGUUUUUACAGUUUUGGGUUCUUAAUCUCUCAUGCUCUCUGUUUUUGAGGGUACCAGUUCCUAAUUCUAAUACCUAUUUAUAUAUUUUUUAAUCCCUGUUAAUACUAAAAAAAAAAAACAACCCUCUAAUGGAUCUUUGUCUUAAUCAGGCGUCCUACAUUGAUUUUCCUGGAGUGUGUGCCUAGCUUUAAGUAAUGCCUUUUUGCGUAUGAUGUCAUUCUUUCGACAGGGUCAUUAAAUCCAGGACCUCCACAAACACUCUCAGUUAAUUUAUUUCUGCGGGAUGUUUGAGUCAGUGUCCAGUGUAAGAUCUGUUACUGUUCUGCAGCUGUAGUCAGCAGCUGAGGCUCAUUAGCUAAUGCAUGAUUUUGAAGGGAAGUCGAGCUCAGGUUGAAUUAGCUGCAAUGCAAUAGAACUGCAUUUCUCAGGCUGUUGUACGGGAGUGAGUGGUCAUAUAUAGCAGCUGCUGUAUCGACAUUAGCCAAAGGGAGUGUGUGGUUGGGUUUUCUGAUGGCAGGACACGUUUAUUUUUUGUUUCAAAAUGUUUAAUAUAUAAAUAACUGAUCAACUAAUAUGAUUUUACAUCCUGUGAAAAAUGUAAUAAAACUUUUUUACUUGACAUUUCUGCCUCACUUUUAUUAAAAGAUAAGUUUGAAUGUAUUCCUCGUUGUUCUUUCUGUUCCAACUUUGGGAUUAUUUAUUGUUCAAGUGCAAAAUAUUAAUACAGUGCAUAAAAGUAGGAUUUAAUGUUGUUCAUUGAUCCAGUGACUUGAUGGAGGAGACGGAAGCUGCCAUAAGUUUUUACUGCCCAUCAGUCAGGAUGCUUCAUUCAUUAUUCACUGGGGCUUUCCACAUUUCUAGCAUCACUCUCUAAGUCGUCAAAUAUCUCACUUGUACAGAGAAAAACACAAGAUUUAGUUUGAUGUCUGUCGAAUGUUGGAAUUUAAAGAAACAUUUCAUCUUUUUUCUUUUUAAUUGUGAGGGGAAAUCACAAGUUCUUAUCUGGACUACCGCUCAGUUACUUAUUGAACAACACACUGGUACAGCGGCUGCUCAUUUUCAUUUAUCCACAUCUCAUAAAACCUGAAACGUGUCACUUUUUUAUCACAGAAAAUGUGCCACAAUAGCGACAAUGAACUGCAAAUUAAAAAGCUGUUUUCCCCUGCAAAUCCACCAGAAACUGAUCAAAGAUAACUGACCUGUGAGGAGAUGAAGAAUGAAACUGCUGGUUUAAAACUACACAUUUAACAUUUAUCAGCAUUUAACCUUUUGAUGCAUACUUGUACUCUGGAAAGAGCAACAAUGUGCCAUUUAAAAUCUACUUAAUCAUUUAAUAAUCUAUUAUAAAAGCAGACCUGAGGUGCAGUAUAUAUAUUUAAUCAAAGGCAAAAAUGAAAUCAUUUAUCAACAUAGUGUGGCGAAUCUUAAAUCAUGGUGAGUGACGCCCAAGUACAGAACAGUCAUUGGUACUGAGCUACAGGCCUGUCAGUGAAGGACGGAUUAUUUCUGUGUGAAAAUCUCUGCACUUAAUGGUUCUUGCCCACUGGGGAUAAACAUGCGGAGUGAUCCAUUAUUUUAAGCAUCAAUUGAUGGAUUUAUGGGUUUGCAAGCAGAAAACAUGAUUUCCUCUCUUUUUUAUUUGUUCUCCUCAAACCUUUUCUCUUUUUGGAUAAAUGAUACAUGAAUAACUGAGGAGGAGCUCCAAGGUUCCUGCAAGGUGAACGUGAAUCCCAUCUCCACUCCCUUUUUCUCAUUUACAGUCAUAUUCAGAGUUUCUUUGUGAUAUGCAACGCUACAUUUGGUUUUCUGCUGUCAAAGGAGGCCACAGACAUGACUACUGUGCAACGACUGGUUUAUAAAACGUCCAAACCACGUGUCUUAUCAACAUUAGUACCUCAAGGUUAAGUGUUUGGUCUCCGCUUGGUCCCCUUCCCCUCUUUUGUCUUACUUAGUGUAUAUACUCACUCUCAUGGCUUUGUGUAUUAGUGCCGUACACGUGUUACCAGGCCUUUGGCAUCAGAUGAUUGUCCUGACUUGACCUGAUCAGACCUUAUGUAAGAUGGGGUUAGACUGAGGUGGUUUUUACAAGAGUACGAAUUUGUAAGACACCGGUAAAAUAAACUAUUGAUCUGGUGAUUUUGACACACGGAGGCGCGUAUUUGUCCAUGACUCCGCAUCUUUUUUGAAAACGGGUCUGCAGGUGGAUAUCUGGGUAUUCGUCUUCAUGCCGUAGUUGAUAUAAAUAGAUAAGACGGUGACCUUAUAGCACCCGUCCUCCUCCCCGCCCCCCAACCCACAUUGUCACACACACAGCAACAACAACAAUGGCGGUAGCUGGGGUGAUUUUGUUCUUGUUCCAGCAACUACAAAUAUUGCUGCGACUUUUACACCAACAUUUAGAACAACAACAACACCAGCUACGGCAACAACAAGUGCUCAUGCAGAGACGCAGCGUGUUACGCGUGCAGGAUCCUGAUUCAGGAUCUACAGGAUUUUGUGUUGUCAUGUAAAUGUCUAUGUACAAUACGAUGUGUAAACAGCAAUACAUGUUUUGGUGCCGACGCCAAGACAAUACAGGGUGAGGACCUUGUGUGAGGACGUCCUUAGUCCCAUCUUGUAGGAUCAGAUCCACUCUCAUUUAUCUAGUUACAGUGGAGAAGAAGAACUACCUCUAACAGGCAGAAACCUCGAGCAGAACCAGACUCAUGUUCGACAGUCAUCUGCUUAGACUGUGAUGGGUUUAGAGAGAGGGAGAUGGACAGAAUAAUGUUGUUUAGAUUAAUUGACGGUCAUUGAAGUUCCCUUCAGUUGCUUGUUAGUCCUUCAUGUUAUUCACACACAGACAGAAAGAAAUAUGUCACCAUCGCUUUACAAGACUAUGUUACAGUGUUCUGGGAACAAACGAAGCCUUCUGCAUGAUAGCACAUCCUAGCACACAAACAAUUCAUGGAUUUAAACCAUAGAUGCAUGUUGCUAUUUUUACAAACCAAAUCUUCAGUUUGGACAGCGACAGGCUUUCUUGUGCUGUGGGUAGGAUCCAACACCGCAGAAGCAGCACUCAAGGGGAAAGUUGAUAAAAGCUCAAUUUUGUACAAAACCAAUCCGACUACGUUUUAAUGCCUGGGGGAAUGGAGGCACAGAGCUGAUUAGUCCGCUACCCGAAAUGUGAAUUGGAUAUCUUGUCCAGCACAGAUACAGGACCUCAAGGCCAAUCAGUCCUUCCAGCCUGGGUGCCACGGUGCGAAUCGUUGAAAGAGGACAGCAAACAAGGCUUUUCUGAGUGAAAUCAAACCUGCAUGUUGAUGUGAAACAUGUCCUGUUUACAUCCUUUGGUUUUGACUGAGAGACACUCAUUUAAUCCAGAUCCAUGUAUAAAUCAUGUGCUGAAUAAAACACAUACAUAUUGCUGUGUUGUACUUUUUGUGUGUCUGAAUUCAGCUUUACCAGCUAACUCUUUUCAGGGAAAGUCUCACAAUGGUGUCCUGGUAUUAGCUGGAGGCCAAACAAUGCGAUUCUGGAGGCAGACAUGAAUUGCCAUAGGGGUCUCAGACAGUGUUCUUGCUGUGUUGUUGAGAGCCAGACUAGAUGACAUAUCUUAAAACUGAAAUUUUCUCUAAACCAUCACCGACAACAAAGACAGCUUUGAUUGGGGUGGACUGGACGGCAGCAAUCAUCAAAAACUGUUGUGUCUAUAGUGUUUACCUCUCAUAGUUCUACUGUUUUUCCUCCAGCUGAGUCCUGCCCGUCAAAAACAUACGACUGUUUUCUGACAUUAAAAGGGUCAAUACAUUUACUCAUUUAUUGACAUAAUCAUGUCUGAUUUUGACAUUUGGAUUCUUCUGGUAAUGUCCAUAAACGUUUAGGGUGGCAGUUGAUAUGAAAGAGGAAUGAUGUAUAGGUUGUUUAAAGGGAUAUUCUGGUGUAAAAUUAAAUUAGGGUCAAACACACCAUAACACCAAGUUUGACACACCCUUGAGAGAUGAUUGUUGCCGACUGCUUGCUUCUCUAGUUACACCAACUUCAGUAACGACCGCACGAUAGCAAUACACAGUGAUAUACAUCUACACAUGCAAACUUCAACCAAAAAGCCACUCUAUAGCCACAAAUAAUGCUCAGAACAGCACCUAACUUCAUCAACAGGACAUAUAAGGCCCAAGCCACAGCACGAUCCAUAAACUUCUUUUUAGCUUUGCCUGGUUUCUUUAGCAAAGAGACCAAACACAACUCAACUAGUCUCUUCCAGCAGCCGCUUGUUUGUAGGGAGAGCUUGGACGAGUCGAUCACUGAGUGGAGCAGAUCAUUUCCAUGAAGUAAUAAUCAUCAUAAUAAUCAUUUUGCACAGCAGAUGGGGAAGUUCUUCUGCCUAAGUGUCUCGGUCUGAUUGCAUUUCCAUUAAGUGCGAACUCUGCUGCAGUUGGUGAUCGACUCAUCAGGGCUCCUCCCACAAACAAGCGGCUGCUGGAGCAGAGUGGGUUAAUUGUCUUUAGUCUCUUUGCCAAAGAAAUCAGGCAAAGCUAAAAAGAUGUUUGAUGGCUAGUACUAUGGCUGGGACCCUAUAUGUACUGUUAAUGAAGUUAGGUGCUGUUCUGAGAAUUAUUUGUUGCUAUAGAGUGGCUUUAAGGUACAACUUAAUUUUACACUGGAAUAUCCCUUUAAGGAUGGCUAAAAAAAAAAGAAAAGUAAAAGAGUAACCACAGACAGGUGCUGUCAGAUCAUUUCGUGGUACUGAGCUUUGAAACAGCUAGAAAAAACAACCCUUUUGGAUGUGGUUCUCUGUGAUGACUGGAUCAGAUCACCGAGCUUUCUUAAUUGCUCAUCAUUAUCAGAUGGAAAGCCCUUUGGACAACAAUCUCCACAUUUCAUCCCGCAUCAUCUAUUAAAGUCAGACUAAUUUUCAUUAUGGGGAUGGAAAAUCGUCGGGCUGCUCCUCUGAUGUUUGUACCGUGAGCUCAGAGAGGAGGGCCAGAACUUUCCACAUAAAAGCGGACAUCAAACUUUUUUAAUGAUAUCCAUCUUCACUUCUCCUCAACAACAAGUAUGAACAGGAUGCAGUGUUUCUGGACUCUCUGUAAAUUAAGGGACAACAUCUGUGUGUUUAUUAGUCUACUAAGAUCGGUUAUUGGAUCUGUAAAGAGUCCUCAAAUGGCCUUUCAGCAGAAAUACAAGGUACCUUCAUACGUAUCUAAGCUGCUCCAGUCCCCCUCUUCUCAAACAGGAAAACCAAGGCUGUGCUGUAUGUCUUUGUCUUCUGACAGACCAAAAGGAUGAUAUAUUUACAAGAUCCUGUUCAAUAAUUUCAAACAUACUGGUAUAGUGUAUUAUAAUGUACCUAAAGAAACAGAUUAAUCCUCUCAUUCAGGUUUUAUAACAUUAUUUAUUUCAGGGAUAUAAGUAUUUAUGAAUCGGCACUGCAUUGCUUUUGCUUUUACCCAGUAACCUUGCAAGCUUUGAAUGUAUCUGAAUGCAUUUCUAGGGGAUAGUUCAGAGCAAAAGAGGACGCACAAUAUGGUAAAUCACAUUUGCACAGAAUAUCUGUCGGUUGCAUAUAAGACAUGUCGCCUCAGCACAAGGAUUUGAUGGUUUUGAUUUCUUCUUUCAAUAUAACUGGAUCCUGAAUUUAAGAGAAUAAGAAGAAAAAAAUCUCCACCAGUAUUUUUUUUUUUUGCUUUCCUCUGACUCAUCUGCUUUUAGGGAACAUCUCCUCAUUCUUGUUGUAUCCAGCUUGAAUAAAACAUGAAACACUGCUGUGAUAAACCGCUCUUCAUUUUUAAAGAGAGUGUUUGUUUCCAGCUUCAGUACUAUGCUUACAUAAAAGGUUUGUCACAGAAACGCUUGUGGGUCUGGUUGAUUUUCCCAUACUUAAGACGGUUGAUAUAUUAUAGAUUAGUCUAUCAUAUCUGUACUUAUUUAUCCACCUGAUUGUGCUGUACCCAUAGACUGUAUAUACUAUGGACAACUUAACUCCGCCUUCCAUCAUUACUAUAUGAUUUUAUAAAAAUAGAGCUGCACAGAAAAACGAGGACUUGAGCACAAACCAGUCUUAUAGUAACUACAUGUCAACAUCACAAGCAAAACUUACAUUCUGUUUAAUAAAUUUCUAAAGUUUGUCCACAGCUCCAUAGGGAUUGCUUGAGGAGGCGGGAUUUAUGACCUAUACUGCAGCCCGUCACCAGAGGGUGCUGUUCUCACGGUGGCUACACCCAGCGAGGAGGCAGAUGCGUUCAUUCUAUAAACAGUCUAUGGCUGUACCCUUUAUGUCUGUCACUGUAGUCUUGUAGUAGGGAAGAGUGGGGUAAGAUGAGCCAUUUUUUAUAUUUCGGAUCACUACAUUAAGUCAAUCAUAGUUUCGUCUCUAACUAGUGUAUCUGCAUAUAUUUCAAGAUGUUGUUCAUCCCUGGAAACCAACAGAAUGAGUGUAAACGUAACUGUCUUGAUAAUAUGGCAUGCUAAAAAAAGUCUCCUAUGCUCAACUUACCCCGUGUAUGGAGUAAGUUGAGCAUAGGAGCGGGGUAAGUUGAGCCGUAUCCCUACUACCCCCCCACUCUCCACCCCAGCCCUCCCUCACCUUCUCUCUCCCUAAAUAACAGUCACUUCUUCACAUUCAUGUGUAUUUUUAUCUAUUAUAUGCUAUAUAUACAGUGUCAAAUAAACAAAUAAAUAGAUAAAAGUUGUUUUUGGAUGUGUGUAGGUAGGCUAUGGUCUCAUGUCCCUUUAAGACACCAUCCUAAUUCAGAGACGUGACUCCACCCCAUCCAGUCCAUAACAAAGAGGAAAGACAGGUGAGGAGAUGGAGGACGGUUCAAAGGUUGUAGCUGCUGGAGUGGCAGCUAAAGUAGACAAAGUUAACGUGAGAGGGGGUGAGCAGCUUGUGGAGUAGUUAUCGUCCAUUUAUCGUUUACAAGGUGAACUGAUCAAUAUACCGUGAUAUUGAUUUGAGGCCAUAAUGCCAAGCCUGAACUCCAGGUAUAUUUGCACCAGACCCACCCUAUACACAAUGCUCUCAAACCUGAAACCCAAAUAAUUCCA